CAUGUCACCCUUUUGAGCUGCAGCUGAAAUAAAAAUGGGGCAACCUAAUUAAACUUCCUCAGAAAACAUCAAGUCAACACAGGCAAUGAAGCCUCUGUGGUUUAUGUUCCUGGUUCUCCAGGCGUUUCUAAGCGUGGAAUUUUCCUGGUCACAGAACGUGAACACUUGUGAAAUUGGUGUACCGGAUCCUAAUCUGUAUGUAUCUGAACUAACACCGACUGGUGGAACGAUGAAACCUGGACACAAGCUGCGUUUUCUCUGUGGUCCUGAUUAUCAGCUGGACGGCUCAAAGGAAAUUGAAUGUUUACCAACCGGCCAAUGGAAUGCUUCCUUCCCAUCAUGCUCUGAGAAAUGCAGAAUACCAGACAUACCCAGUACUGUUCGCAUCACUUCAUCUGUACAAGGCAAUGCUAUAAGUAAAGGAGAUACAUUGUCAUUUGACUGUCGCCAACAAGACCACAUCAUGCAAGGGAGUUCAACAAGUAGCUGUUUGGGAAACGGAAAGUGGAGCACUCCACCGCCUGAGUGCACACCUGCUGCACAUUGUUCAGCACCACCACCUCUUGAAAAUGGAGAUACCAAAUUAUUCAUCAGAUCAGAUGCGGUUCAUCAAACUGGUGACAGAGUUGAAUAUAUCUGUCAGAAUAAGUACACUAUGGAUGGUGACCCAUUCAAAACCUGCGACAAAGGUGUAUGGAAAGGAAACAUGAGAUGCCUGAAACCCUGCACUGUGAACGAGGAAUCAUUGAGUGAACAUGGUAUUACCUUUCGUUUUGGUGAUAUAACUAAGAUGUAUGCACCACAUCUGGAUCAUCUCACAUUUCUUUGUGUGAGGGGUAAAAUACGUGUUGGCUCUGUGCCGUUGCGUGUUCAGUGUAUUGAUGGUCAGAUGACCCUGCCUACCUGCGAGUAAAAGUUUUCAGUGAGCUAGAUAUAGACAUGUAAUCACAAAAAUAUGUAAACCACUAUGGAACGUCAGAAUGCUGAAAAUUAAACAAAUAAAUACUACACUGUAAAACAAGAAACUACAUUAAUAAAUAAUGGAUAAAAAUAUGACAAUGAAAUUGUGAAAUAACUGAAAGAAUAUUAAAUUCUAUGCUCAUUA